AUGCUUUACACCUACACUUGUUUAUUUUUAAAGAGAAGUGAAUGCUCUACUAUACUAUCAACAACAACUUCAAUACCUCCAAAUUUAUCAGAAAAUAGCCCUUCCACAAUUCAAAACGAAAAUCAAAUUCUCGAAGAAUUGACAACAGAAAGUGCUCCUUUAAAUAUUUCUAAUAAACCCUUAAUUACUUCAACUAGUGGAUAUUUAAAAAAUAAAACUUCAACAGCUCCCCAAGAAUUAUCUUCAGAAAAAGAAGAAAAUUAUGAAAAAGAAAAUAAAGAAAUAAUAAAAACAAAAAUAUUUAAAAAUCGGGAAGGGGUUGAAGUAAUUAAGAAGAAUAAAGGAGAAGAAGAAGAAAAUUGUAAACAAUUUUUGUUAAAUAAAUUUGGGUUUUGUAAUGAAGAUGAGGAGGAUAUUUUAAAUCAGCAAAGGUUUAGUCGUUCUUCAAAUGAAGGAAAUAUUGAAAGGAACAAAGAAGGGAAGAAAAAGAGAUUUUCGGAAAAUAUAAAAAUGGAUAUUGAAGUAAAUAAAGCAAUUGAUGUUUUUGAUUUGAUGAAUUCGGGGAAGGAAGGAAUUAAUUCUAUUAAUAAGGUAGGGAUGGAACCUUUUUAG